AUGGUCCGUCACGACGACACCGACUCGUUGGGUCGGGAAAAGAGCCCUUCACUCACCUUUGAGACUGCUUUCCCAUAUGUUGAUCUUUCUUUAGAAGACGACAUUGCGGAUGCCAAUAGGCCCUCACUCAUUAUUCCCUCCCCCGACAGGCCCUCUUCCUUUAGGCCAUUCCCCAUAAACCACGAGUCAGACUGGCGUGCAAAGCUCUGCGUCUUUGGCUCAUUCCUCUUUCUCUUUUGCUCCGCUGGUUUUAGCGGCUCUCUCGGCACAAUCCAAUCAUAUUUCAAGACCUGCCAACUCAAAAACUAUACCAACAGCGAAAUCGGCUGGAUCCUCGGUACAUAUCUAUUCCUCGCUUGCAUCCCCAGUUUCCUCUACGGCACCCUGCUCGACCGCUACGGCCCUCGACUCCUAAGUGCAGUCGGAGGUAUCUUCUCAACAGCCACUUUUCUUAUAAUGGGGCAGUGCAAAACAUAUUGGCAGUUCAUGCUAUGCUUCGGUGUCUUUGGCAGUAUCGGCGCCGGCAUCAACUGCACUGUUGCUAUUGGAGUAGUGGGAAAGUUAUUCGCUCGUAAGCAGGGCUUGGCUAUGGGCAUCGCUGUGACGGGAGCUUCCCUUGGCGCUACCAUCUUUCCACUUGUUCUUCAGUCAACGUUUGACAAUCUUGGUUGGGUUUGGUCCAUGAGGAUCGUGGCCAUAGUCAUUGCCUCCUCGACGAGUAUAGGAUUCCUCUGUUUUCUGCCCUUCGACCGACUCGUCGUAUUGACCGAUAACUUUGACUCAUUUGGAAAUAUAGGUUCGGCAUUUGAUCUCUCGGCAUGGAAGAACUCCGGCUUCAUUUUCGUGUCUUGCAGCCUCUUCCUGAUGGAGUUUGUCAACUCUGGCGUAUUCGGUCUGCUCCCAGCUUUAUCAGUUGCCACUGGUAUGACUGCACAGGACGGAUUCAGCCUUCUUUCGGUCAUAGGCGGGAUCUCAUGCCUCAGCCGCUUAACCAUAGGCCUUUUAAGUCAUUAUAUCGGAGGGGUCAACACAAUGGUCGGCACAAUGGUGGUAAUGACCAUUCUGAUGCCCCUCGCCUUCGCCAAUUGCACUACAGGCGGCGGACCGAGCGGACCAGUAUUUCUUUACACAUUCGCAGCAUUUUGGGGUUUCCUCUCGGGAUCUUUCUACACAGUGGCUCCAAUGUGCAUCGCCAGAACAUGCGAUCCAAAGGAAUUUGCACGGUAUUAUGGUUCUGCCAACUUGCUUGUAGGAGUAUCGUUGCUGAUCGGUAACCCUUUGAGCGGCGUUGUAUUGGAGAAAGCGGGCGCACAGACUCUGGCAUACCUCUAUCUCGGCAUUAUCCUUUUUGCAAUGGUGUCCAUUGUGGUAGCCCGUGGACUUAUUCUGGGGACUUUCACCACUUUGGGUUUACGCCCAGAUUGUAGUGCUCAAGUCCAAGUAAACAUGGAUAAGCAGCCUCAAAAGGUGGCUGUCAUCGGCCUCGGCAUCGCCGGCCUUGUCGCUGUCAAAAAUAUGCUCGAAGUCGGUUUCAACGUAACUGGAUUCGAGCGCAACUUCCCAUACCCAGACUCCACACCAAGCCAUUGCCCGUCCGCCAAAGUGGAAGAGUACAUUGAGUCCUACGUGGACCACUUCAACUUUCGCCAUAAGCUUCGCUUGGGCGUAUCAGUGGAAAAGAUACGACGCGAUGACGAGGGUAAUCGCUGGGUUGUAGACAUCCAGGGCUCUGAGCCUGAAUAUUUCGACAAGGUCGUCAUGGCGACGGGCGGAAACAAUCGUCCUCAUAUUCCCAACGUUGACGGCAUGGAACAAUUUGAAGGCGAGGUUCUGCAUUCGCGCGCCUUCAAACGGCCUGAACUCUUCAAGGGCAAGCGAGUGGUUGUUGUCGGCGUCUCCAACACGGGCGCAGACACAGCCGCAGCUCUUUGUGGCCAUGCGGAAAAAGUAUGGCUAUCUCGUAGUCACGGUGCUAUAGUGAUCCCACGAAAGCGCGAUGGCAUCCCAUUCGAUCACACCCUUACGGCGCGCACAAUGGCGUUUAUGGGAAUGUUCGAGAGUAAUUUUCCCCGUCUGUACGAAAUCAUCUUCAACGCCAUCUGCAAGAAAAUGCAGGACAACGCGUUCAAGAUGAGGCCCGAAUGGGGUCUUUCUCCUGCAGAUUCCGUCCUGCACACUCUGCCUGUCAUAUCGGAUAACCUCAUCCCUCUACUCGAGUCGGGCAACAUCACCUGCAUUCCAAAGAUAAAGCGCGUCACGGGGUGCAGAGAGAUUGAGCUCACGGACGGAACGCGUCUAAAUGUUGACACGAUCAUCUGGUGCACUGGAUACAAGGCAGACUUCGGCCUCCUAGACCCGAGCGUUGAUCCCGCGCGCAACACAACGCCAAAAUGGGCAGAAGCAACCGGAUCUCGUGGAAAACCGCUUCCACGACUUUAUCAGAACGUGUUGUCGCUCGAUUACCCAGAUUCGCUGGCCUUCAUGGGCAAUGUCCUCGUCGCAACAAGCGCAUUCCCCAUCAGCGAUCUCUGCACCAUGGCAAUCGCACAGAUCUGGAAAGGAAACUCUCCCCUCCCCUCAAUUGCCGAGAUGAACCGCGCCACGGACAGACAGCACGAGUUGAUCUGCAAGCUCGCCAACGAGGGCAGCGUGUCACCUGGGUGGUUACGACAGGCUGAGUGGCUUGCGUGGGCUGACAAGGCAGCUGGGUCGCAGGUGUACGAGCAUCUCGGAUGGGGAUUGAAAGGAUGGAGACUAUGGUGGAGUGAUCGCGCUUUGUAUAGGAUGUUGAUGGAUGGGGUCUUUACGCCGUUUGUGUGGAGGGUUUUUGAUGGGGAGGGUAAGAGGAUGAAGUGGGAUGGGGCGAGGGAGGCGAUUGAGAAGGUUAAUGCUGAGUUGGCGGCUGCAAAGGCGAGGAACAAGAAUAAGAAGAACAUGUCACAACUCAAGAAUUACACUUACGAAGGCGUCGGCGAGUUUCUCACAAACUUCCUCAACUACGCGCAAGCUGUCCGUGUCGGUGAUCAACUCCAGCUCAGUGGUCAAGGCGGCUGUUUUAUUAAAGAUGGGGACCUGGUCUUCGCAGAAACUCAACUUGAGCAAAUUGACUUGGCCUUCGAAAAUGUGGACAAGGCGCUGAAGGCAUCUGGUGGAAAGGGCUGGGAGCAGGUCUUCAGAGUGAACUCGUACCACACGGAAAUCACGCCUGAAGUUGGACAGAGAAUGGCGGAGAAUUACAAAAAGUGGAUGCCUAAUCACAAAGUCAUUUGGACACAGAUUGGAGUGAGGCAACUUGGUGUUCCGACCAUGUACUGUGAGAUUGAAGUGUCAGCUUAUGACCCUGAGGGGACAAAGAAAGAAUGA